AUGGCACCGCAGCUCCCACCGGAGAUUUUCCGCAAGAUUGUGGAGUGUCUGUACGAUGAUGCCGUCUCGCUGCGAUCUGCCAUGCGGGUGAAUAAGACCUGGGCCGAACAUGCAAUCAGCAUUCUCUGGGAGAAGCCCCCAGUGUCGGCCCUGGCAGCCGUCACGGCAGAUUGCAGGCAGAGAUACGCGCGACAUAUCCGCGAAUUGGAUUUCCAGGCCGACAGCGAUGGACGGAAACAUGCCCACUUUCGCGCCUUGGAUUUUCCCCGAUUGAAACGCGUCACGAUUGACCUGUUCCGGCCGCGCGGGCGCCAGGAACUGUGCGUAGGCCAGUACAUUCAGCCGGCGCUGGAGGACUUUGCCUUCUACGGUGCCCAACCAGAGGAGGAUAUUUUGACCCGUCUGGAGUCUUGUUACCGCCUCCAGAGAUUUGUGAUCAAUUACCCGAUCGACGGUAUGAAUGGGGCUCGGUUGUUGGAAUUUUUCGACAAGCGAAACUCGGUGACAGACAUUGUCUUGCCGGCUCUGGUCUCCGACGUCGUCGACGACCAGUUAAUAGCCCAUCUCGCCCGGCGCCCGGGACUGAAGUCGUUGGAACUCGGCAAGCCGUUGACCCACGGGGAUCUUACCACCGCAUUGGAGGAACCCCACCCAUUCCCUGACGUCGUGAAGCUCGACCUGGUGGUGGAUUCGAAAGCCGUGGGACCAUUGGCGGGAGCGGUCGGAUCCAUUCGGAGCCUGACUCUUUUGAUCCGCGAUAACGAUCACAGCGUUUUGCCACGGCUCGGGUCGCUCGUCCACGUCCGGUGGCUGGAAGUCGUGUUUGAGAGGGAGGUGAAUGUGUCACCAGAAGACUUGCUCGCACUGCGGGGGCUGAGGUAUCUCGAGUCGUUCAAGAUCCACUCGCUCGAAGACCUUUGGUCCCACACGCUGACGGACCAGGACGUCACCAAGCUGUGGGCCAGCUGGAAUCAGCUCAAACACCUCGAAUUCCAUGUCCACUGUAGCCUGUCUGUGGCGGCGUUGAUCGACUUGGCGGGAAAGUGUCCGGGAUUGGUGGAGUGCGAGAUGCCCGGGUCCUACGACCUCCAGGUUUGGUCCGAAAUUCCGCCAUCCUUGUUUCCCAACUUGAAGCUCUUCGUCGUUGACGCAGCCAACGUGGACUACUCUGGUGAAACUACCGUCAUGGAGCGAGCGGGGACACUGGUGGAGUUGAUCAUCCGGCAUGCACCGCGAUUAGAAGAAUUAUACCUCCGAAACCGAACGCCGCUGGACCAAAAGGUGGUCGCCAUGUUCCAAACAAGGACUGGCCAAAAGUACAAUGCAUGA